UCACUAAAAAUUAUUAACAAUAACAACGUAAAUAUGGAAUACGUUCGUUCUGUAUUGGAUUGUUUAGCAUCUAUUUGUAGUUGUUGGCACUGCUCGGACGACCUAGGCAGUCAAGGUAUUGAACCCAGCGAGAGGACGCAUCUUCUGGCUGAUUCUGUAAAUCAAAGUCCAGCUUUGCGGCGAAGUAACUCAGCUGAUUUAAGCAAUGAUUAUUCUCAAUCGCUGCCAAAGAAGGAUGAUCAAAAUGCCUUAUCUAGAUUGGUGCAAAAUACUGCAAUCAACAUGAUCAAUGUGGGGGCGCUGGAUUCUCACACCUUGGAACAUCAGGAGUAUACAGACAGAAUUAAAUUAUACUCACAGCGUCUCCAACAGCAAUGGAAUAACAUUCAACACCCUGGUGUUGUACAAAAAGGUCUUUUAAAGGAUGUUCCUAACCAUCAGUCUUAUUUAUCAAAAGCUAUAUAUUCAGAUGAUACUGUUCAGAUGCGAAUAUUUAUACAAAAAUCCCACGCCGGUGUAUUAGGCAUACAAAUCGAUCACAGAGAAGCGGUUGUGGUUCCAUUUGAAAUCCCUUAAAAAUAAAUAACAAAACGUAAUGUUAAAAUGUAU